CGGUGCGCUCAAAAGCGAGAGCGCAGACGGAGCGGAGCGGAUGCUAGUAGAGAACUGAAAAAGAACGAGCAGAGAAAGCUUUUCGCAGUGAAAUGUGGGUGAAAUAAAAGCACCUUGCUAGCGCAGCAUCAGUGUCCGAUCAGCGGUAAAACGGAGCGCCUGUUCGUCCCCCCGCUUCAGCACCGCAGGGAGGAGACACGCAGAGGAGGAAAGAUUCCCCUAAACGCAGUGAGAGCGUCGGAUGAGGAGAAGAGGAGAGCGGAGGGCAUCGGAUAGGCAACAACAAGGAUGGCAGCUCCAGACUUAUUGGACCCUAAAUCAGCCACUCACAACACCAAGCCCCGCCUCUCCUUCUCCACAAAGCCAAUCACACUGACUCCCCAGGAGGAGAGUGAGGUGAGAGACAAAAGAGAGAAGUUACACAACCAGAUUUUAAAAGUGGUUGCCACAGUGAUGAAAUGGAAGACGGUGACAGCCAUCUUUCUUUUGGUGGUUCUGUACCUGGUGAUGGGAGCAGCAGUCUUCAGAUCCCUGGAGCAGCCUCAUGAGAGUGCCCAGCGUUUGGCCAUCCUGUCCCAGAAGCUGGAGUUCCUGUCCAGACACUCCUGUGUCAACCAGAGCCAGCUAGAGGAGCUGGUUAAGCAAGUUGUGUCUGCUAUCCGUUCAGGAGUGAACCCUGCAGGGACACUGACCAACCACAGCAGCCUCUGGGACCUGAGCUCCGCCUUCUUCUUUGCUGGAACUGUGAUCACAACCAUCGGUUUUGGGAACAUCUCUCCCCACACAGAAGGUGGAAAGAUAUUCUGCAUUGUCUAUGCGUUGCUAGGGAUACCUCUGUUUGGCUUCCUUUUGGCUGGUGUAGGAGAUCAGCUCGGCACCAUAUUCGGCAAGGGCAUCGCCAGAGUGGAGAAAAUGUUUGUGCACUGGGACAUCAGUCAGACAAAGAUCCGGGUCAUCUCCACCUUGCUGUUUGUGCUGUUUGGCUGCCUGCUGUUUGUGGCGCUCCCAGCAGCCAUCUUUAAACACAUUGAGGGUUGGUCUGCGCUGGAGUCCCUUUACUUUGUGGUCAUCACCUUGACUACCAUAGGAUUCGGAGACUUUGUGGCAGGUGGUUCAGACAUAGAGUACUUAGAUUACUAUAAACCAGUUGUAUGGUUCUGGAUUCUGGUGGGACUAGCUUACUUUGCUGCCAUCCUCAGCAUGAUAGGAGACUGGCUCAGAGUCAUCUCCAAAAGGACGAAAGAAGAGGUAGGAGAGAUCCGAGCUCAUGCUGCAGAGUGGACGGCUAACGUCUCAGCAGAGUUCAAAGAAACACGGCGACGUGUUAGCGUCGAUAUCCAUGACAAGUUCCAGCGCGCCGCCUCAAUUAAACGUAAACUGUCCUCGGAGCUGGGAUUCAGCCCUGGCCCUGAGUUCACUCUGCCCAAGAGGACCGUGUCGGUCAAUUUCAGCGAAGACCGGGAUAGGAACGAGAGGGAGGCCGGGCUGAUGGGCCUGACCACACCUAUGGCUAGAAACGGCGGUUUAUUCAUGAACGGUUUGGACCCAGAGAGAGGCGAUAUCUCAGUCAUUGAACACCUCAAGUAGAAAGGGAACCGUCAACACCUCUUAAGAUCUUUUUUCCAUUUGUGAACAUUGGUGUUAUCAGUGCUGAGAACGAAAUGUUUUUAUUUUUUAUUUUCAAAGCAAGAAGAAAUGAGAAUGUGGUACUUUGUGACCCCAGCAGGGACAUCUUCACGUCUCUGCAGGGAUGUAAGCCUUGCUUAAGAACACUUCAGUGGAUCUUUGAUAACAGAACCUUUUUCACCACCCAGUGAAACAAAGAGCAAGAAGAAAACAGAACAUGAAUUAAUGGGUGUCUGUAAUCUAAAUCUCACUCAGGUUUUGGAAUAAAGCAGAGUAGCCCAGUUAACCCUUCUCUAAAGGGACAAAGAAAUCUAACAUUUCCAACAUAACAUAAAACUACAGUAUUUGGCAGACUAUUUGGUGACCUAAUAUGUCCAUGGUGCCUGUCUGUGUUUGCAGCAGAACUUAAAAACAAUUUGGUUGUUGUUUUUUUCAUUUUCUUUCUUAAUUGGACGGUUGAUAGUAAAGACGCAGACAGAAAACAUGGAGAGAAAGAUAGAGAGGGAAGGAUAUGACAUGCAACAAAGGUCAAACCAUGGGGUGUGUAACUUUACCCCUCGACCAAGUUUUUAAGGACGUCGCUGUCUACCAUCUGAAUGCAGAAUGACACAGACAAUCACAGUUGGCUGUAACUGAAACAAUAAAUUAUAUGUAAGAGACGUUACUUAUGUUGGGAUGUGAUAUCGGAAAUGUAAAAGUUACAGAAGAUGGUGAACUACAAAGAUGGAGGACUCUGAUGGGGAGAGGCUGAUUUUGUGCUAAAUGACUACAGAAUGUAAAGAUUGUGAGAUGAUGGGAAAUGAUAUUGUUUGGACUACAGACAGCUGUAUUGAACUACAAAGAUGGAGGACUGUGAUGUUGAUCAAGCUACAAACGCUGAGUACAGAGAAUCUCUGUUUGAGCUCAUAUUAGAGCUGUAUUUAUCUGAUUUCCCCCCUGGGAAAAGUUAAAGAAAAUAUGUCAGUCCUGAACCAAGACUGAAAUAUGAAACUAAAGAGCAUGUGCAGUUUAAACCAUAGACAGUAAACGAUAUGGACACAACGACGCCAUAUACUUCUUGACGAAGUAUAUGUGACGUGAGCGACCUGUCUGAAAGUUGUAAGUCUUCUGGUAGCUGUGCCAAGAGAAAUCUCAGUCAUUCCCAAUCUUACAGAGACGGA